CUUACUAUAUAUACUUACUACUUAGGACCUAUCAAAAGUGACAAAAAUAUUUUACUAGUUUUCAUUUGUUUAUCUUUUUUAUUAUUUUAAAAUUAUUUUUCUAGAAAAUAUACGACUCGUUCAGCUAGCUAGUGAUAUUGUUUGUUUUGAGUCUAAGCUCAUACAGGUUUAAAACAAUGUUAUUAAGACUUAGGACGUAAGAUAUGCUUACUUAUAUACAUAACAGUUUUCAUGUGUUUUAUCGUAAGUUGAGUGUUGAGGUUUACCCCCAUCGCAUGAGAUUUGUUAGAGAUUUUCCCCCUCUUUCUUGGGAUUUGUCUAUUCAGUUGAAUUACAACUCAUACUGACAAGGCUGACACAAUUUUAAAACUUGUUUAGUGGGUAAGACUUGCUUAUUUAAUACUUAUAUACCCAUAUGCCAUGUAUUUUGGGUGUCACGUAUUGAAAAGAAGGAUAAAUAUGAAAAAAGGUCCGAACAACAUAAUUCUCUUAAACAUUAAAAAAUGUUCACGAAAGAAAUUUAAACAAUUUACUUAAUAUAGACGGGAGAAAUAUUAGUCGGAGCUACUUACUGUUAAAAUUUACAUGCUAAAGAUCACUAGUUUGUUAGUUUGUUAACAUUGUUAGUUAGUAACAGCAUACACUAGUUUGUUAGCAUUAUAACAGAUUGAUAGUUAGUUAUACAAUGUACAGUGCAUUUCCAAUUAUUAGUUAGAGUUGUUAGUUAGCUAAUAGUUAGUUAAGUCAUUGUUUUUGGAUGCUAUAAAUAAAGCUCCAUUGUAAUAGUUAGAGAGAUCAGAUCAUUCACAAGCUUAAUGCAUUUUCUUUCUUCUUCUUCUUCAUCAUCUUGUCCUUAAUUCUGUCCAGAAUUUGACAUCAAAAUCAAUGAGUUCAUAGACUCAUUUUUCUUCAUGGUAUCAGAGCAGGAAGUGCUGGAUCGAGUGGAGUUUAGAUCUCCUUUAGUUCUUUGAACUUGUGGUUAAGAUUAUGUGGGAAGAGUUUAGAUCUACUCCUUCAGAAAUUUUUUUUUUCUUCUGAUCGAUUGACUGUGAAGCUGUUGUAAAGCUUUUGAGAAGCUGUUGUGAAUCUGUUGUUUCUUCUUCUAGGUGAAUUUAGAUAUCAUCUAAGUUUGCUAAACCAGUUGUUGAUUGAUUAGCUCGAUAAUGGCUGUGUUAAGAAUUGAUCAAAGUGAUCCUCUGUAUAUUGGACAAUCAGAUUCAUCAGGAGCUGUAUUGAUUCCUAUCAAAUUGACUGGUUCAGAGAAUUAUGGAGUUUGGAGCAGAUCCAUGAGGAUUGCACUCUUAGGUAAAAGGAAGUAUGGUUUUGUGACUGGAGCUUGCACUAAAGCAUUGUACAAAGAUGAUCUUCAUGAACAAUGGGAAACAUGUAAUGCCAUAGUCUUGUCAUGGUUGAUGAACACUGUAAGUGAGGAGCUUCUUAGUGGCAUAGUUUAUGCCACAACUGCAUUCUCUGUUUGGGCAGAUCUCAAGGAGAGGUUUGAUAAGGUGAAUCGAAUGAGAAUUUAUCAAUUGCACAAGGAGAUAACUACACUUACACAAGGUACAGAUUCUGUGUCUUGUUAUUUUUCUAAACUUAAGACCCUAUGGAGUGAGUAUGAUGCUGUGACACCACAUCCUAGCUGUUCAUGUCCACAGUCUAAGGAGUAUGUAGAUCACCUUCAUGAAUUGAGGCUAAUUCAGUUUUUAAGUGGAUUAAAUGAUUCCUAUGAUCAACCUCGUAGACAGAUAUUGCUUAAAGGAAUUACACCUUCUCUCAACCAAGCAUAUGCUAUGAUCAUAGAGGAUGAAAUUCAACAUUCAACAUGCACAGCUACUGCUGUUGAUAAACCAAAUUCAAUGGUGAUGAAUGUAAGAAGAGCUCAUGGGAAGGAAGUUUUUAAUCAAGGGAAGGAAGGUUUUAAGAGUAAGAAAUGUGAUUACUGUCAUUUUUCUGGGCAUACUAGAGAUAACUGCUACAAACUAAUUGGAUAUCCAAGUGAUUGGAAGUUUAAGAAGAAGCCAGGAUAUAACAAUAAGAAUGGUGGUUAUGGUGAUUCUAAUACUGGCUAUGGAAGUGCUGGAAAUAAGAACAACAGUGAUGGUUCUAAUGCUGGUUAUAGAGGUCCACAUAUAGCCAAUAAUGUGGCAGGUGACAUCAACACUGCCUAUGAUCAGUCUCAAUUAGCUUCAACUAGUCAAGGUGCAGGAAGUAGUGCAGGAAAUGACACAUGUUUAGCAAGAGCACAAGUGUUCACAGAAAAGGAAUAUAAGCAAAUCUUGGAGAUGCUGAACAAAGAAGAGCCAAAGAGAGUUAACAUGACAGGACCUCUUCAAUGGCAAGGUGAAGGGGAUUGGUAAAGAGCAGGGAGGUUUAUACAUGUUCAAGAGUGGCUCAACAUUGAAUAAAAUAGACAAACAUAAGCAACAUGUGAUGGUGGCAGCAGGUACAUCAAAUCAAGAUAUUCAACUUUGGCAUCAAAGACUUGGA